AUGAAGAUAGUAAAUGGAGCCUAUCGUGGAUGUGUUGCCAAGCUGGAAAGCCUGGACCAAGACGAAUUUUGUUUAAAUCUCCGCAUCACGGAAGGUCCAUUGAAUGGUCGAACAGUACGCGUGCCCUAUGAAGAUGCUAAUAUGGCUAUUGAAGAAGUUGUAGUAAAAGGCAGUCUGAAGAUAAAGAAAGGCGAUAUAUUCAAGAAAAAGAAGAAGAAAACGGUUGACCCAAAAAUGAUUGAUCUGACGAUAAAGAAAGAUGAGCAGUCGGGAACGGUUGGAAAAACCAAGGCAGAAAUCGCAUUUGAAAAAAGACGUCAGGAAACAAUGUUCGAAAGAAUGCAAAAGAAAGCGGCCGUAAGUCAUCGACAACGAGUGGAGGAGUUCAACAAGCAAAUGAGCGAAUUGACGGAAUUUAACGAUAUUCCAAAAGUGUCGUGGACAAAAUAG